AGUCUUUCUGAAGAAACAAACCAAAACCCCUUCGUAUCAAUAAUGGUUUGGGGUCUCUUUCCCGUUGAUCCUCUUUCAGGUGAAGAUAAAUACUAUAUCUUUUCAAAGGGUAUUUACAAGAUUGGUCGAAAAGGAUGUGAUAUUAUUAUCAAUAAGGAUAAGGGGGUGUCUAGGAUCCACGCUGAGUUAACUUUUGAUUCAACCUCUCGGAGGGACAAAUCUUCAGAUGCCUCCUCCUUUGUUAUCCGUGUCAAAGAUUGUUCUAAGUAUGGCACCUUUAUCAAAACUGACCUGGGGACAAAAUACAAAGUUCAUGAGCUACCUAAUAAGGAGAAAAUUCUCCAAGAUGGACAUGUUAUCGCGUUUGGUACAGGUUCAGCUACUUACAGGUUGUCCUUAAUUCCGCUUGUUUUUUACUUCUGCCCUUCCUCUGAGACCUUUAAGGUGGAUCAGUCGGUACAAGAUGCAGUUUCAUCAAUUGGUGCUCGUAUAUCUCCUACCUUGAGUGAGGAGUGCACUCAUGUGCUUCUUGAGCCACGUAUGCAAGUGAAUGAAGCUCUGGUCAAUGCAAUUUUAGCCAAAAAACCAAUCAUUUUGACAAAUUGGGUGAAGCUUCUCUCAGAGAAAAGUAUCUGCAGCGAAUUUCCUGGAUACAGCCAGUACAGACCAUCAGUGAUGGUUGAAGAAGCGUUGGUGGAUGUACUAGAAUUAAACGUCCGUGAAAAAUGUCUAGAAGGAUUUACCUUUGUGUUGGAACCACCAGACAUGUACAGAUUUGGUUGCAGCUUCCCAUCUUUACUUAAAGUAUGUGGUGCAGAGACUGUUACCAUAGCAGACGUUAGCUCCAUGAGUCAGGAUUCUCAGUAUGGAGAAAUUAAUCGCAUGAUAUGUGUCAUCCCAAAAAGUUCAGGAGACAAAUUUGGCCGUUUGAAGAAUCUCAGUUUGUUAUCUAGAGUGAACGAGAUAGAUUUAGUGUGCGCCGUCUUUUCCGGAAAUCUACCUUCGACUUCACUGAUACCACCAUCCGUUGUAAUUUCAUCCUCAUGCUCUACGGAUGAGACAGUGGUAGCGGAUUCUGAUGCCGAAGAGGAAGAAACAACAUCGUCUGUUCAUAUGAUUGAUGCUACUGAAAAGGCAGAAACACCAGAGAAGCCUGCUGCUAUUAUAAUAGAGGAUAGUCCUGUUACGAUAGUGGAAGAAACUAUGAAUUUGAAUGAGUUUAAAAGCGUUAACUUAUUAGCAGAUACUGAAAAUAGAGGCCACAUCAAUGAAAAGAACUCAGGUGAUAGUGUGACAAUCCGAAGGGAUCGGAACGAUGAGGCUGAAACUGGGAAUUCGGAGAUUAUAUACACUCAAGAUCUUAUCGUUAGGGACUUGCGGUCGACUAGAAAAGUUCAAUCGACAGGAGAGGAAGGAGUUGUGGACUUCAAGCGAUUCAGAAAGGGAAAUGUUACAUGCGGAAACAGCUUCAGUAGCCUAAUACCUUUUGCGAAGGAUCCAUACAAAGAAUACGAUAGCGGGGACGUGACAGAUUUUAUGAAAGAAGAGAAGAAAAGGAAGCAGAUGGAAGCCAUUGCAGAGGACUUGUUUAACACUGAAAAGGCUAGAAAGCGUGGAACGGCUGGUUCCAUACGCGGACAAACGAAUUCGAGCUGUGCUAACAAAUAUCCAUCGAACACUUCGGUUAAAUCCUUGCGACAUAGCAGAUUCGACUCGAAGCAUAUUCUCGUUUCGAUCUCUAAACGUCGAAUCAAUGGAGAUUCCGUUGUUCGAAGAAGCACCACUAGCAAUAAAAGCACCGAGGAGACUGAAUCAUCAUCGUCUUCGUCUGUAGAUUGCGUUGGAAUGGGAUCAGACGUGGAGUGCGUCUAUAACGGAGAAGAUGAGGAGAAUCGGAGCUCCGGAAUCUUGAACGGCGGAGAAGGAACGUUGCUUGAAUGGACGGUUCUGAUUUCACCCUUCUUUUUCUGGGGAACGGCGAUGGUGGCGAUGAAGGAAGUGUUGCCCAUUACUGGUCCUUUCUUCGUGGCCGCGUUUCGGUUAAUUCCGGCUGGUUUGUUGCUUGUCGCGUUUGCAGUUUACAAAGGCAGACCUUUGCCUAAAGGAAUCAAUGCUUGGCUCUCUAUUGCUCUCUUUGCUCUUGUGGACGCCACUUGUUUCCAGGGAUUUCUUGCUCAAGGGUUACAGAGAACUUCUGCUGGUUUAGGAAGUGUUAUAAUUGAUUCUCAGCCACUGACUGUUGCUGUAUUAGCAUCUUUCUUGUUUGGUGAGUCCAUUGGAAUAGUGAGAGCUGGAGGUUUGCUUCUUGGUGUUGCUGGACUUUUGCUUCUUGAGGUUCCAUCAGUUACUUCAGAUGGUAAUAACUUUUCCUUGUGGGGAAGUGGAGAGUGGUGGAUGCUUCUUGCAGCUCAGAGCAUGGCUAUUGGCACUGUGAUGGUCCGAUGGGUCUCAAAAUACUCAGAUCCAAUUAUGGCUACCGGUUGGCAUAUGGUUAUCGGUGGCCUUCCUCUUUUGGCGAUUUCUGUUAUAAAUCAUGACCCGGUUUUUAAUGGCAGUCUUCAAGAUCUAUCCACAAAUGAUGUUAUAGCACUUCUCUACACAUCCAUUUUUGGCAGCGCAGUUAGCUACGGUGUUUACUUCUAUAGCGCUACUAAAGGAAGUCUAACUAAACUCAGCUCACUCACCUUCUUGACACCAAUGUUUGCAUCAAUCUUUGGGUAUCUGUACCUCAAUGAGACUUUCUCCUCAUUGCAACUGGUCGGAGCAGCAGUAACUUUGGUCGCCAUAUACUUGGUGAACUUUCCCGAAGGCAACGACUGAGACACUCUUUCAGUUCUUACUUCAUUUUUAAACUUGUUCAAAGUAUCAUUAUGUUCAAUAUUAUUGUAUAUAAUAAAAUGAAUCAGCAUAG